AUGUCUGAAGAUAAGUUGAUAUUAGGUUAUUGGCCAUUUAGGGGUGUUGCUUAAACAAUUAGAUACCUUCUUGAAUACUUGGAAGUUCCAUACGAACAAAAAAGUUAUAUGACUUAUGAAGAGUGGUUUGGAAAAGACAAAAAAGAAUUAGGUGCUGAUUUUCCUAAUUUGCCCUACAUUAAAUAAGGAGAUUUUAUUUUAACAGAAUCUUACGCAAUAAUUAUAUAUCUAUGUAAGAAAUAUAAUAGAUUAGAUUUGUUAGGUGCAGAUAAAAAUGACUUAAUUAGAGAGACUAAAGUUCAUUAAGUAGCAUCAGCCAUCAAAGACACUGGAAAAACUAUUGGUGAUUUGUGUUUUAAUCCUAAGUUCCAUAGCGUUAAAGAUGAGGUUUACACUCAAAAACUUUCAUAAAUGUUAAAAAAAACCACUGAUUUUUUGGGUGAUAAACAAUUUUUGUUAGGAGAAUUAACUAUCACUGAUUUUAUGUUUUAUGAGUAGCUAUAAUACUUCAAAAAUAUCUUCCCUGAAAGUAUAACUCCUUAGUUAUAGUAAUUCAUUGAAAGAAUAGAAAACAUUCCUAAAAUUAAAGAAUUUUUAAAUUCAGAUAGAAUUUUCAAAAAAUAAUUUCUUCCUCCUACCUUUGCAACUUGGUCAGGUAUUGAGUGA